CAAAUUUCUCAUAAGCAAUAAAUCGCAACCACAUCAAUCUCUAUAAAUACCAGCUACAAUUCACAUCUUCACCAAACAAAAAUAAGAGUUACCUUUUUUUCUCUUGACACAGCUGAGAAUCAUGAAGCAAAAGGUGGUGAUUAAGGUGACUUCAAUGAACGGAGAAAAGUCACGCUGCAAGGCCAUGCAACUUGUAGUGGGGAAUUUCGGUGUGGAGUCAGCGGCUUUAAAAGGAGAUGACAAGACUCAGAUAGAGGUAACUGGAGACGGGGUGGACGCUGUUAAUCUUACAAGGUUGUUAAGAAAGAAGAUGGGCUAUGCAGAGAUUGUGACCCUUGGCCCUAUGAAAGAAGAAAGCAAAGCGAAAGAAAAAGAGAGCCCCGAGACAUGGCCUUAUCAUGGCGUUGCGCCUCAAUACGUGUAUACUGGUCCCCCGCCAUAUGACCCUGACUAUAAUCCUUGCUCCAUCUUGUGAAACGCAUAAAGGAAGAGAGUAUUAGAGGUGAGAUGGUGCUGUGCAAGGGAUGGGGACUAUUAACUAUCCAAUCUUAAACAAGGCAAGAGCAAAACUUGUCUUUUUUUUUUUUUUUUUUUUGAUAAACUUCUCUCCUAUUUCUUAGUGCUAUGUAAUUACGUACUAUUUUAUCUUUAAAUAAAAAUUAUCUAAUUAUAAAAUAA